UAGUCACCAGCACCACCACCACCAGCACCAGCACCAGCGCACCACGGCGGAGCUCCGGCCUCACUUACCUGUGUGUUCGGCGGAGAGCCCGGAGGACAGCGAUGGCCUCCCGGGAGACCUGGAAGGAGUUUAAGGGCUGCAGCUCGUCCGAGGAGGACGGUCCCCGCGCGGCCCCGGCGCUGCGGCGGCACCGGCACCCGUUCAGCGUGGAGGCGCUGAUGUCGGGCAGGACGGGGGCGGACAGCCCCAGCCCGCCCGGGGAUCACACCCGCAUCCCCCCCGGGGAAGACGCCCGCAGCCCCGGGGGGGACCCCCGCAGCCCGCCCGGGGAUCACACCCGCAGCCCCGGGGGCGACCCCCGCAUCCCCCCCGGGGAGGACGACUCCCGCAGCCCCGGGAUCGACGCCCGCAGCCCGGUCAAGUCCGAGGCGUCCGAGCCGGAGGACUGCUCGUCCUGGCUCCACGCCGGCUUCCACUCGCAACCACGUCACAUCACUCCCUCCUGUCAGCUGAGGAAGCACAAGACCAACAGAAAGCCUCGCACCCCCUUCACCACGUCCCAGCUUCUGGCUCUGGAGAGGAAGUUCCGGCAGAAGCAGUACCUGUCCAUCGCGGAGCGGGCCGAGUUUUCCUCCUCCCUGACCCUGACGGAGACCCAGGUGAAGAUCUGGUUCCAGAACCGCCGGGCUAAAGCCAAGAGGCUCCAGGAGGCCGAGCUGGAGAAACUCAAGAUGGCCUCGGACGCCAAGACGGCGGUGGCCACGGCCACUGCCACGGGAGCUUUACACCCUGGCUUUACGUUACCUCUGUCACUGGGCGCCAUGUCUCUGUACGGACAGUCGUACUCCGCCUUCCAUCACCACCACAGACCCGUACUGCCCAUCACACACUUAGGACUCUACGCGGCGCCUCUGGGCUACGGCAUGUACCACUUAUCAUAAAAAAUGGAAAUAAAAUAUCUUAUCCGGCCUUCUAAAGUGGACAGAAAAAAAAAUCUUUCUGUAUAAUAUAUAUCUUCUGCACAAGAAGAAGUGCAACUUUCAGAGCACUUCAAACCAAAUAAAGAGUCUAUUUUUUUCCCACCUAGCGAGGAUGAAAAUACCUCCUCUCUUGCGCCAUUGGACUGCCUGUUUACACGACUGGCCUGAGCGAGGAGGGGUUUCUACUCUUCACUUGAGCACAUCUGCAAUAAUUGAGCGGGCCGUGGACCCGCGCCCGGCACCAAAGCACAGACAGCCGUCGCAUUAAAGCUCGCUACUCAUCAGAGACGGCCUUACUCCCAGGAUGCUCGGGUGGAUGAACCUGCGUUUCGACCACUCAGGCCAGAUAAAAACAUAUCAGUGAAGCCUUCGGCUUCAAAAACAUGAUUGCCUUAAAAGAAGGAAAAAAAAAACUAACAGAUUUUUUGUUGUUGUUAAGUGACCGUGUCUAUUCAGAUCCCAACUCUGCCGAUGUUUUCUCUCCUGUAGGAAUAAACAGAUUUUCAUUGUUAAUUUGAGAACAGAAAUAUUUAUUCUCCAUGAAAUACAGUUCUGGGACUGUAUGAAUGCACCAAACUGUGUAUUUAUCACAGGUUUUUUAGAAUAUGGUUCGAUACCACUCACCAAAUGUGUAUUUAUACUGCCUUCUUCUUGAAGGGACUAUAUGUGCUAUGCAGUUUCUGUCUAAACCCCUUUUUAAAAUCAUCUGAAGUUCAGGUUGUUCAGAUUCUUGACUUUUACAUGUUCUUUUUGUGAAAGAAUAAAGUAGCACAAGCAGCUA